CAUCGUUGAUUGUGUGACCUGUUUUCUUUUCUUUUGACAACUGUUCCACUUCCCAAUGGCUGCUGCAGGAUUUUCCCUCGUUGCAAGAAGAAUCUCUCCUCAGAUUUUCCGUUCUUUUAGUCCCAAAAUCAAUCUGCAGCAGGCUCGGAGAACGGUUCCUUUAAACGAAUUGUGUCGAAGUACCUUCGCGUUGCAACACCGAUUAAGCUCUACGAUGAGUAAGGCGUUCAUUCAAAAACCGGCGCCGCCAUUUUCUGGGACGGCUGUCAACCAUUAUGGAGAGUUUGUAGAUAUAAAGCUCUCAGACUUCAAAGGAAAAUAUGUGGUGCUUUUCUUUUACCCGCUGAACUUCACAUUUGUUUGUCCCACAGAGAUCAUUGCUUUCAGUGACAGAGUCCAGGAAUUUGAAGCAAUCAACUGUUCAGUGAUUGCUUGCUCUGUGGAUUCACACUUUUCACAUUUAGCUUGGACAAAUCAACCACGCAAGAAAGGAGGACUGGGGAAAAUGCAGAUCCCUCUUCUUUCUGAUAUAACAAAGCAGAUUUCAAAAGACUAUGGUGUUCUGUUGGAAGAUCAGGGUGUAGCACUCAGGGGUUUGUUCAUCAUUGAUGACAAAGGGAUCCUGAGGCAGAUCACAAUGAAUGACUUACCUGUGGGGAGGUCAGUUGAUGAAGUCUUGCGACUGGUUCAAGCAUUCAAGUUUACUGACGAACAUGGAGAAGUUUGUCCUGCUGGAUGGCGUCCUGGAGGUGAUACUAUUGUCCCAGAUACAAAAAACAGUGAAAAGUUCUUUUCCAAGCAGUGAUAGAGAACUAUAUAGAAUAUCAUACAAUAAUAUUUGAAACUCUCUUUAUCUUUAUUUUACUUUUAUUUACAAGGAAUGAUUGAAUAUUUAACAUAGUGA